UAUGACUCGCUAUUUUUCCUAUACGCUUAUUCUUGCUGACAAAGGUAAACGAAAGUUAUCUGCUAGCAGCGAAAGAUGCAUCGACACUUGAUUCUGACAUUGGCUUUCAUCUGCACUGCAGCAGCUGUUAGGCCCAAAGAUGUUAGGGAUCCGGGGUUGUACCAAGGGGACAUGCGUCUCACAGCUAUGCAGAAGUUGUUGGUACUGACAGGAGGCGAUGUGAGUACUUCCGAAAAAUCUGGCCUUGCUUUUGGCAGCAGCAAAGAUCAAAGCCUUCUGUGGCUUCCAAGCAGAGUUGUCCCAUAUGAGAUAUCAGCUGAUCUUGCUGCAAAUCAGGAGGCAAUGUUUGCAAUUUUCCAAGGCUUCAGAGAAUGGGAGUCAUAUGCCUGUUUGAAAUUCGUUGAAAGAACAACCGAAAAAGAUUACAUUUACAUAUUCAAUAAUUGUUCUGGAUGCUGGUCCUACGUUGGGCGCCAAGGAGGAAAACAGGAACUGUGUUUGGAUAACGGCUGUCACAGCAGAGCUACUGUUGCUCACGAACUUGCCCAUGCGAUGGGAUUUUGGCACGAACAAAGCCGUCCAGAUAGGGACAAUUACAUUGACGUCAUCUGGGAAAACAUUGAUCCAGACAAUGCUUACAAUUUUGAUAAACAGAAAAAGGUAGACAGUCUUGGAACACCAUACGACUACUACAGCAUGAUGCAGUACGACGAAACCUCCUUUACAAUGAAUGGUAACAUAACAAUGGCUGCUAAGCAACCUGGGGUAGUUCAGCUUGGAAAUGAGGUUGGGUUUACUGGCAUUGAUUCUGUACAAGCAAUGUUGUUAUACAGAUGCAACGGGAAAACCACAAAGCCAGCAUUUCGAAAGAGUGUCGUCGAUUUAAAGGGUGCUGAUGAUUGCAUUUUUGACGACGACUUUUGUCAUUUCACACAAGCGAAUGAUGACGAUUUUGAUUGGACACUGAGGAAAGGCGCAACAUACAGCGGGGGAACUGGACCUAGUGUUGAUCACACAACAGGAAGAUUAGGAGCAUUUGCUUACAUCGAGGCCUCGUAUCCUAGAGUGGAAAAUGAUACUGCAAGAAUGCUCAGCAAAAUGCUCAAUGGGAAAAAGUGCAUGACAUUCUACAUUCAUAUGUAUUCUGCUGAUCCAGUCAACAUCGGAAAAUUUAAUGUCCACCUUAAAGAGGCAAGAACUGGAUCUAUGCGAAGGCUUAUUUCUUUAUCAGGCAGUCAAGGCAAUGAAUGGAAAAAGAUAAGGCUGAAUCUUUCAUCAAGAAGCAAAAAAGGAAGUUAUCAGGUCAUUUUUGAAGGCAUACGUGGCAAAAAUUAUCAAGGAGACAUUGCUAUUGAUGACGUCAGCUUCCAAGAUGGUAGCUGCAAGUCAAUUCCAGCAACGACCAUGCCACCUACAGUUCCUUGCCAAGACACAACUGAUAGGGAAGGACCAUACUGUAGUACUUGGAAGGCAGCUGGUUUCUGCGAAAGCCAUAAAGCAGACAUGAAAGAUAUUUGCAGAAAGACAUGCGAUUUCUAUCUUCUCAGGCCUGCUGUGAUUGGAGUGGAACGCUUUGUUGGACUGAUACCAGGGUCAGUUGUAGGAGUCAUGGCUAUGCCGGACAUCUUCAGCUUUUCAGGAGCAUUUGCUUACAUCGAGGCCUCGUAUCCUAGAGUGGAAAAUGAUACUGCAAGAAUGCUCAGCAAAAUGCUCAAUGGGAAAAAGUGCAUGACAUUCUACAUUCAUAUGUAUUCUGCUGAUCCAGUCAACAUCGGAAAAUUUAACGUCUACCUUAAAGAGGCAAGAACUGGAUCUAUGCGAAGGCUUAUUUCUUUAUCAGGCAGUCAAGGCAAUGAAUGGAAAAAGAUAAGGCUGAAUCUUUCAUCAAGAAGCAAAAAAGGAAGUUAUCAGGUCAUUUUUGAAGGCAUACGUGGCAAAAAUUAUCAAGGAGACAUUGCUAUUGAUGACGUCAGCUUCCAAGAUGGUAGCUGCAAGUCAAUUCCAGCAACGACCAUGCCACCUACAGUUCCUUGCCAAGACACAACUGAUAGGGAAGGACCAUACUGUAGUACUUGGAAAGCAGCUGGUUUCUGCGAAAGCCAUAAAGCAGACAUGAAAGAUAUUUGCAGGAAAACAUGCGAUUUCUGUUGAUCAAAGCUCAAAUUUAAAAUCAAGAAGCGCAUCAUUUGACAACACUGGCGAUUAUAGUUAAAGAAAAGAUGAGGUCAGCUGUUUUGAAUUCAUCUACUUGACAGACAGAUUUUAAUACAAGUUGCCA